AUGGCUCCCGUGUUUGGAGACACCACCCAGUCCUUGGUACGGCAACUGGAUCAUGGGGACUUGAUUGCCCUAGGCAGCAUCAUUGAUGUUUCACGCUUUUGGCCCUUCUGCCUGGUGCGAAGGAAGAAGAAGGGUUCACUCUUCUGGGGAGCUCAGUAUGUCAAGACAGACUUCUCUCUAGACAUGCUAGAGCCCGGAACUAAGCUGCCAGCGCCAAGAAAAGACACAAAGAUCGCAAUUCAAGGGAACAGUGAAGGGAAUAUGGAGGCUGGAGUGAAGACUGCAGCCAUCGGGAUACCUGUGGAUAUCACUGUCUGUGCCGGUGGCUCCCAUUAAAACUGCCUGGAGGUUCAGAAGCUCAGCAUCAUGGAUCAGCUGGAAUCCUUAAAGAAGUGGAAACUGAAGAAGCCAGAGCCCUCCUUCCUGAAGAGGCUUCGGGAGCGUGGGGAGAAUCUGUAUAUGGUGACUGAGGCAGUGGAGACGCUGAAGGAUGCCAAGCUGGAGAAGGGGAGGAAGGCUGGUGCCGGCAUUUCCAUCCCUCUCCCCAUGGCCAUGGGGCUUAAGGGUUCCUUUAGCUUCAAUACCAUCAUCCAUGUCCCUCUGGGCUCCGUCCUCGCCUUCCAGCUAAAGCAGCUUGUCAUUGGAGAGAAAAAUUGGGACAUCUCCCAUCUCAAAGAUAAAAAGCUGAAAACUUUCACCUCCUCUGAAGGUAGCUAUUGUGUUUCCAAAGCAGGGUUACAGCCUGAGCCACCCUCCAAAGAGCUCAGGGGAUUCAAGGCACUUCAGGCUGAGGUGGAAGCUGAGAUGCCCACUGUGAAAAGUAUGACCCUGGAACAAAGUGCAAUUUUGUUGGAGGCCCUCUUGGGGCUGCUGGGCCAGGCCAAAGCUCUGCAAGAGGUGGAGGACAAGAUGAACCGAGCAUUGGACCUUGAGGAGCCAGUGACCCAAAGAUUCCUGGGGGGCCCUGGGGAUACCAUCCUAGCCAAGCUGCAGGAUGCCUCAGGCAAACUCCACCCUAUCCUGGCUGGGAGCUUUCUCUACCUGUUAGGGGCACUCCAAGAGCUGAGUGAAGAGCAGCAGCAAUUGCUGACCAUGUCUGUGGAGAAGAGAAUCCUCUCCCAACAGCUGGAGCUGAUGAAGACCAUCCUGGACCAGAAUUUCAUUCGAGCUGAAGCAGGACCAUUCCGUCUUCACUGUGAGCUCCUUCAGAGCUUCCAAGGAGAGGAACUGACUGUGACCCAGGCCCUGAUAGGUCUCUGUGGCCUUGACCUACAGGGUGAUGGUCUCCUCUUUGCCUGGAAGCCUGAUGCCCUGCCUCCCAUCUGUGCCCUAUAUGCUGCCCUCUCUGUUUUUCAAGUACUAUCUAGAAACUCUUGGUUUGCCAGCCCUUUCCCCCGGGGCCACACAACCCUGGCCCACUCAGGGGCUAACCUUGUGGGGAUAGAGAAGAUGGAGUGGGGCUUGGGGGGCAACUGGAGGGAAGAGCGAAUCCACCCCCCAUCCCCCAGGUCAGAGCUAUCCCCAGACCUAGGAAGGCUCCACCUGGGGUCCACUUUGCUAGGUAAGGGCUUAGAGGACCUGUCUUCCCGGGAGAGUAGGGAACUCGGGGCUUCCAAAAAGUCAGAGAGUUUUUCAUCAGUCAGCCAUGAAGUGGAAGAGAAUGUGAGCUCCCUCAUCAACUUGCUCAGUAAGGGGUUUGGCAAAGCUGGGAUGUUCCAGGAUAGAGAUGGCCUAGAACUUUUGCCUGCAAGAGAUAAGCUAAACUCCUCAGUGUUUAGUCUAGAUGAUGACAAAGACUUCUUCAGUCAUUCAAGCCUGCUGAUGAAAGGGGAUGAGAGCCCAGAGAUGGCAGCCAUGAAGGCUGAGACCAUGAGAUUGGCUGCUGAGUUUGAUCUCUAUUCUCAGUCUCUACAGGCUGAACACCAUCUGCUAAGACAGAGGUUUGGGGGCAGCUUCGGUCCCAAAAUGAGUUUUGGGAUGGGGGGAAGAACCUCAAAAUUCUUCUAG